UAGUAUUUUUGAAGAAGCCGAUGUAUUUUUGUUGAUUGUGACUGUGUUCUUAGGAGAAAUAAUAGUUAGUUAUUGAUUUGCCUCAUUGCUUUUCAAUGUCGAGAAAAACUACCGUGCUGGUUACUGGUGGCUCCGGCUUAGUGGGUAAUGGGAUAAAAAGAAUGAAUAGGCUCCACCCACAGCCCAAUGAGGUGUGGGUAUACCUCUCACGAAAAGACGCUGAUUUAACUAAUUUCAGUCAGGCACACGCUGUGCUUGACAAAUAUCGCCCAACUCAUGUCUUGCAUCUGGCUGCAAAUGUUGGGGGUCUUUUUAAAAAUAUGGCCCAUCCGGUAGAGAUGUGGGAAUCCAAUGUCGCCAUCAAUAACAAUGUCCUCCGCUGUGCAAAGGAGUUUAAUGUCAAUAGGCUUGUCUCCUCGUUAUCCACUUGUAUUUUUCCUGACAAUGUGACAUAUCCGAUCCAUGAGGGGAUGUUACAUGAUGGAGCACCGCAUUAUUCGAACGAGACCUAUGCUUAUGCUAAGCGUAUGGUCGAUGUACUAUGUCGAUCCUAUCGGCGUCAGUACGGGUUCAAUUGGGUGAGUGUAAUCCCCACAAAUAUAUAUGGUCCAUACGAUAACUAUCACUUACGUGAUGCUCAUGUUAUUCCAGCACUGAUUCACAAGUUUUUUAUAGCGCAGAGAGAGAACAAGCCGGUUGUGAUCUUCGGCACGGGGAGUCCACUGCGACAGUUUAUUUACAGCCAAGACCUUGCUGAGUUGAUGAUGUGGGCGCUGCGCCACUAUAACGAAGAAGAUCCAAUUAUCCUUUCUGUUGAUGAGAAGGAUGAGGUUUCGAUCGCAGACGUUGUCCAUCUCAUUGCUGAGGCUUAUCAAUUCAAGGGUCAGAUUAUAUUCGAUACCACCAAAGCCGACGGCCAGGUCAAGAAAACCGUGGGAAACCGAAAAAUGCGCCAAUAUUUGCCGUAUUACAGCUUCACACCCCUCUCAAAAGGCAUCCUAGAGACGGUAGAGUGGUUCACGAAGAACUAUGAGAGUGCACGUAAAUGA